AUGCCGCUGCCCCGCGACGCCGCUCCGGGGACCCCGCCAGUGCCGAUGGCCCUGGGCUCCUCCGCGGCCGGCACGCCUCUCAAGGGGGGCCACCGCACGCCGACGCUCUCGCCGGGGCCGCGGCCCCUGGCCUACGCGCAGGUGAGGGAGGCCACCUCGCCGGCCCAGGUCAGAGUCAUCGACCCAAGCGGCAAGGCGUCUCCACGGAUAUCCCUGACGCCCCCAGUCCCGCCAGCGUCCCCGCGACAAGGAGACCCCGGGGGGGCGGCGGGGUGUCCGUCGAGGGCGGCCACCUGCUGGCGACGUCCAUCACGUACGUGA